AUGGCUGACAAAGGCGCAGGCAAUGUGAUGGAAACUCAACAGCCAUGGAGGAUAGAACAUUUCGACUCCAACACAACAGCUCCCGCCUGGGUCAACUCGCCUAACAUCCGCGGUACCUUUGAUAUCCUUCAGAGUUGCGUAUUGACGCUUAUCGCCUGUAUAUACACGGCUUUGCAUCUCGACGUUCCCAUCAAGACAGCAUGGCACGAACUGCUCCUUUAUAAGCUCAAGUGGACAGCCAUUACCCUCUUUGCACCUGAGAUUUCGCUUUACAUGGCAGCAGACCAACUUCAGCAGGCCUGGAGUCUCAGAUUGAAACUUCGUGCACUGCAGGCGAGGCGCUCUUCAGAUAAAGAACAUAUUGAGGUUGACCUAGCCUAUGCCUUCUUUAUCGUCAUGGGCGGCGUGCGAGUGAGAGUCGACGAUAUGUUAUCUCUCCCUGAUCUUCACGACAAGGCUUUUCGUUACUUCGACUCUGUGAACCGACCAUAUUCAGUCCGAUUGGGCCCUCAGACCGUAAUAUGGCUGGCCGAAAGAGGGCACUGGAUACCCAUUUUGAAGAAGAAGAUUGAUGAUAAGAGUAAAGCCGACUACCUUCAGAAACUACUUGUGUUGAUCCAGAAACCUCUUGAUAUUCACCAACCAGAAAUUAUCCAGCCAGGACCCUUCAAAGGAGAGAUAGCAAUCUUAUUACAACGUCAAUUCUAUCCAAAUAUGUCAACCAAGUUGGCAUUGUUCCCUCCUCAAGAGCGUCCUGAUCAGCCACCGCCGCCUAGGAGAGGCAGCUUGAUGCAGCCCGACUGGGUUACACCUGGGUCAUCCAUACCAAGCUCUGAUGAUGCCCGAGAGAGUGAAGAGUUUCUCCCACUUCAAGGCACACUUAAAUCCUCACAAACCUGGAUUGAAUUGUCCCAGUCGAAAGGACCAGAGAUAUCUGGUGCUUACAAGCACUCAGACAAUACAUGGGCCAAGUCACGGUCAGGGCCUUGGGUGAAGCCAGAGCCAGGGCUGGAGAUGUGGCCAGGAGAUAUCCUCCCUUCUGGCCUCCUAUACCAUUCUGAAUAUCUGCACCUUCCCCUCUUGCUGUCGCAAGAAUUUCUCUGUCGCUGGGAUGCCAUCCUCUCAAUUUUCCCAUUCCACGACCGUAACUACCUGGCGACAACAGCCAAGUUCAUCAAAGUGAACCAAGCUACACGUUACUUCGAACUGAUAGACCCAAACGAUGAUCCUGGACCUCAGAAUGGCCAAGACCUCUUUCUUGCACGGCUACCAGAGUUCAGACCUGUACUAGACCGUGCUUGGAGGACUAUGCCUUUCGGCGAAGGGAAGAGAAACUUGGAUAUUAACUUCAGUUUCUUUACAGAGAAUGAUAACGUCUUUGGUCUCUUGGGGUUCUUCAAGGAAUUUCCCUGGUUGGCUGGCCUAUUCUUGAUAUUGUCAAGCAUCUAUGGCGGUGUCCAUCUUGUAGCUUGGCACUGGGCCUUUCCAAGCGACCUGGAGAGAAAGAUAUGGAUUAUUAGCUGCCUCUACAUCGCAAGCGCGCUGGUGAUAUACUUCAUGAUGUCAAUGGUUGAUCGAGGACUUGGUUCUAACCGGGCUCAAUCUGGUUAUGCGACGUGGUUAUUCACUUUGGUUGCCUAUUGGCUCGCACUGAUCACGUAUAUGGCUGCGAGAGUCUUUAUUGUUUUUGAGUCCUUUUACAGCAUCAGAAAUGCUAAGCAGGGCGUUUAUGUAUCACCUGAAUGGGUUGAAAUGUUUCCUCAUAUCAUCGCAUCGCCAUCACGGAAGGAUACACAGUAG